UAAAAAUAAAAAUUAGUAUUAUUAUACAUGGCUAAUACCCAAAUAAUAUGUUACUUGUUGGUUGCAAAAUGUUUCAUGGUUGGCUUUACUGCGAUAGCAAACAAGAAAAUGAAAUUAAUUACAUGUAAGAAAAAAGUGAUAAUAUUAUACAAAUGUUUUUUUUUAACUAACAACACAUUUGAAAAUGUUUGUAUUGUCAAAUAUCUACACUUAUCAAAUGUUUAUGGUUGGCCAAAUAACUCAUUUUGUAAAUAUACGUAGCAAACAACUCCUAAAUGAAGUGUGGUACAUGGAUGCAGCAAAACCUCAUAUACAUGGCUAGCUAUGGCUUUUUUUUCUUCUUCUUCUUUAGGGCAAACCCUCAUAUGCUGACUCAAGAACUUGAUCACGAGAAGAGUUAAAUUCUCAACCUAUUUUCAACUACAUUCAUUAAUUAAAACGGCCUCAUAUAUCUAAAUGUAAUUCUUAAUUUAAUAAUAAUCGACUGAUGCACCAUACAUACAUACACAUGCAUGGAUGCACAUGACUAAUUGCUGCACCAUGCAUCGAUCUCAUUAUAUGCAUAUUAAUUAAUAAUAUAGUAACAAUAUAAAAUAUAAAUCGAUGAGAGAGAGAAGGUGUAGAAAUGUCAAGGAUUGGCUAGGGUUUUGUUUUUUUCAAUUCCUUGUGUGUUCAUAUCUUCCUUUCCUUCCACCACUUGUUGCAUCAUCUACUAACUACUGUUGCUGCUGCUGCUGCUCCCACUUUUACUACCCUUUUUAUCCUCUUUCCUCUUUUGUCUUCCAGAAUAUUAGAAAUCUUCCUCCUCCUUCUCCCUCUCUCUCUUUCUCAUCUCAUUCCUCCCUCCUUCUCUUCCAUUUCCUCAGCUUUCAGGUCAAAAACACCCAAAAUUCUUCUCCACAUCCAGAGAGAGAGAAAGAAAGAAAGAGAAAAUGGGGAAACCCAAACAGUUCAUCAUUCCAAAUUCCACAACAUGACCCGAUCCUCCACCUAGCUUGCUUGCCUAUAGCUACCCUUCUCCUUUUUUUCCCUUACCUCCAUCCUCCUUCGCCAUGGGAAGUGACCAUCUCUAUCACCAUCACAACCGCCAUGAGCAAGAAGUGGUGGUGGUGGAGGAAGAAGGUGAUUCUUCAAAGUCAAGCUACUACUCCAACAAGAUCUUCCUCAGCGAUGAUGAUGAUGAAGAAGAAGAAGAGGAAGAAGGUGAAGGAGAUGAUGAUAUUGGUGGUGGUGACGUCGCCAGUAACAGUACUAGCAGCUCCGUUGAAGAGAUUGGCGGCGGCGGAGGCGGCGACAACAAGGGUGGUGGCGGUGGUGGAUCUGUGAGGAAGUAUAACCGGUCGAAGAUGCCACGGCUCCGGUGGACGCCCGAUCUUCAUCUCUGCUUCCUGAAUGCUGUGGAAAGGCUUGGUGGCCAAGACAGGGCAACGCCGAAAUUGGUCCUUCAAUUCAUGAACAUCAAAGGACUCAGUAUAGCUCAUGUCAAAAGCCAUCUUCAGAUGUUCAGAAGCAAGAAGCUUGACGAUCCAAAUCAAGGGCACCAUCAAGGCCUUUUAUUCCAAGGAAGGGAUCAUCAACACCAUGUCUACAACCUAAGCCAGCUUCCUAUGAUUCAAAGCUUCAACCAAAGGCCUCCCUCAACUGGUUUCAGAAAUGGAGAUGGCGGAGCUUGGAGAGGGCACCAGAUGUACGGCACAAGCUACAACUCCUCCUCAUUCCUCAACAGAGCCAAACAUGGUGGCGGCCUUUAUGGAAACUACAGCAACAGCCACCAGUACCCUUUUCGAAGCAACAAUUUCCCUUAUAGUCCUUCUCUCAAAGGGAUACUACCCUCCCAAAUUGCUACUGAUCCCAUCAAAGCUCAAACCAACCACCAAGCUCUCGAGGCAGCAGCCAGCAAGCUCUUGUUCAAUAGAUCCAGCACCACCACGUGGCCGGCGCAGAUCACCAAACCGAUAACCAACACCAUCGACUCCACCAAAACCUUCCAUGAAACUAGAACUAGCAACAACAACAACGUUUAUGGCGGUCUCAAAAGGAAGCCCACGUGGGAUCCAUCUCAUGAUCAUGGUUCCAACAAGAAGAAAUCGCUGGACUUGGAUCUGUCCCUCAAAGUGAAGAAUAUGGUUGAGGAACAUGAUGGUGAUGAUGAUGGUGACGAGGUUGUUGUUGUUGUUACUCCAAGAAGCUGCGUCGACGUGGUUAAGGAAGGUAAGAACGGCUAUUAUGGUGAUACUACUAAUGAUGUUGUGGAUGAGAGUAGCUUGUCCCUUUCUCUAUCUUCAUCCUCGUCCUCGAAGCCAGCCAUCGGGUCGAAGGAAAGGGAUAUGUUAUUGGGUUACAUGAACAACUUUCGCGGCGGUGGAGGUUUUAUUAGGAGUCGUGAGGAUUGUAACACGAGUAGUUACGAUGGUUGUGUUAAUAAGCGUGCCCGGAUGAUGGCAAGUACUCUAGAUCUGACUUUGUGAAUGAGGUUAGACUAUUCUGAGUGAGAUCUUGAGGUACUUGCUUUUCUUCCCCGGGAGCUAGCAUUGCGUUUGUUAUUGUUUUUUUGUGUCAUCUUGUACCAAGACUACCCAAAAGGAAAGAAAUGAAGUUAAGAAGGUAUUUACAUAAGUUAUAUACAUCUCCCUAUAAGUUAAUAUCUGAGCUUUUGUUGGUUUUGUUGUUUGAUUUGGUUGACCAUAACAUAUGGGUACAAAGAGUGAGUCCGUUGGGAUGGAUUUUGAAGUUAUUAAGUUUUUGGGUUGUGGGCUUAUUUGUCAUUUCAGUCUGUCUGUCUGUCUCUCUGUGGAAAGAGGAGAAUCCAUGGAGAUAGAUGCAUGACAGAGCUAGCCAGCAUUGAAGUGCUCAAAGGAUCAUGUGUCUGCUAAAAGACAGUAGUCUUCUUCUUUCUUUUCUUUUUUGCAUGGUGUUUUUAUACAUAGAUGUGCAUAUAAGUUAGUGGAAAAGACAGCAUUUUUGUGUAGUCUUGUAUGGUGCUAGAGAUCUUGGAUUAAAAAGUAGGUUUUUGUGUUCAUCUAGGGAACAUUUCGGGAAGUGACUGUUUGUGGAUACAUACAAGUUUUGGCCCCGAUAGAAGACAUAAACCUAGGUUGUUUUUAUGUUGAGGGGAACAUAAACCUCUGGCUAGGGUUUUUUUUUUUUAAUAUGAGGGGAAAUGAAGAAGUUUUCUGCACAUAGGUAUCCUCAACAAGGACAAAUGCUCCUUUUUGGGUCAAAACAAUUGCACUUGGAAUCACACAAAUCCAUCCAUCGUUUUUUGGAACUAGCUAGCUAGUGAUUUCAUUAGUAGUCUAUAAUAUGGCCAAGAACAUGCAUGCAUAUCUAUGUGUUCAAAAUUUCAACCCCAUCUUGGUGGUUGACUAUCUCAAUUUGUACAACGUUUGAGAAAUGUGAAGGGUAUGUGAACAGUUUAGAAUAAGUUAUUGUGCAUUUUCUGACUUAUCGUUUGUAUUGAAGUUUUUAUUAAUAUGUUUAUCUUAAUAAGUCGUUAGAUUGUCAUUCAAAGGAGUCUGGGUGAGUGUUUUACUCAUAUUGUCAUAAGUGUUCAAUGAAUCACAUGUAGUUAGGUUUUCCCCCCAACUAGCUAGGUUUACUUUGAGCAACAAUAUUAAAGAGCCAGCUGCUGGUAGGCAUUCCUUCAACCACAAAAGAGAAGGUGAUAUUGAUGUGCAUGCACGUGUGCUCUCCUCCAACUUAUUGUGAAACCAUGGCUGUCUUUCUUUUCUUCUGCCUACUUUCUCAUGAGCAAUGUGAUUGCGUUCUUCAUUGUACACACAACCAUAUAUGAAUGGAAGUUGAGCUCUUUAAUAUGUGGCAAUUGUCUUUCGGUUGAGUAUUCUGAUUUUCUUUUUGUCUUGGUAAUGACGAGUGAAUGUUGGAUUGAAGGUUUUUACCUACUUGAUUUUUGUAUACUCAUUCAUUAAUACAGACAAUUCAAUAACCCUAAUUUUUCUAUGAGUGAUAGUAUGUAAUAUAAAUAAGUCAUUGUAUACAAAAGACGAUGAUUACAAGUGUAAAAGGAAUACGGAAGAAAUGUUAUUUGGUAUCUAGCGUCUUCAUCAUACAUGUCGGAGUAUCGUUUUAACCUAAAAAGUUAUUCAUUUACAACGAAUCAAGUGGAUUUCAAAGACUAGCCCAACCAUAGUAUAAAAAUUGGUAUGAGUUAGGCUUUGUGAUUUGAGCUUUUGGCUCGUAAGGAGGCGACAUGAGGCCAACCAUGAAAAUAACAUGCUAAACACCGUCAGAGGCAGAUCAUAAAUUCAAACUGCAUAUAUAUAUGAACUGUGUUUGAUAACCAUCUCUAUUUGAAGUCACAGCCAAAUCACUGAAAAUACAAAGAGUAAAACUUUUCCAAAACUAAUCGGAUGAAGCUAUAUAUCGAUCUCAAUCUCAUCCACGGCCAACAAAGGGGCAAAUUAAUCAAAGUUGCUAAUAAACCCUAAAGAAAUUAUGGGUAUUACUGGUCCUAGCUAGGAGAGCUACAAAAGUCUCAAUUGCUCUACUUCUUCCACUCCACCCCCCUUGAAAGAAUUUAUGAGAGGGAUUGCUAGCUAGCUAGCUAAGACAUAACCGCAGCAGUCACAAACCCCUUUGGAAACUUCAUAUAUCUCGCCGUUGUUUCCAUGGCUUCUUGAAAGCAGCUGUCAAUUUGCUCUGUAAUUCAACAGAUGAAUUUAAUAAGGUUCAUGCACCCACCCACCCGCCAUCGAUCUAUUUCUACAUAUCGCAAAUUUUCAACGAUGCUACCGCCCGACAGCUUAAUUCUCAGAAUUAGAGUUACCUUGUUAGAAUUGCCGUUUGAAGAAUAGCUACAGGCUCGAAAACGACCACCUUGCCAAAAUGACACACAUCUCAUUUAUAUUCAACAAGUCAAGCAUCAGCCCUACCCAAUCCAAGAAUUUCCAUUGACAAGUAAAGAUAUAUAUAUAUAUAGACAAAUUAAGAAAAAUAUCCAUCCAUAUAUGCCUUUUUAAUUAUAAGAUUAGCCCUAACCUAAUGCUUUUAUUAUAAUUUUAUUAUUCAUAAUAAAUUUAACAAAUCCUCCGGCUAGCAACUUCUCAUAAUAAUAAUUCCCAUUAAUUAGUAUGUGGAAGUCGUUUUCCACGCAACAAGAAGAUUCCAAUUCCAAAGGCCAAUACGUACCGUCCAAACCCUAGAAAUGACUCUUAACUUAAUUGCAUUAUUAUUAUUAUUCUUGUGCUAGCUGAAAAUGAAGUGUUGGAAAAUUAUGCAAAAGUCUGUUGGGCCUUUAGGUUGUACCACAUAAAGAAAUUUGUACCAUUAUGUUAUGGUAUAACUUUACAACUUGAAGUUGUACCAUCACAUAAAGGUACAAGUUCAAAUUGUACCAUAAAAGAAUUUGCACAAAAACUAUAGGUACAAUUUAAAAUUGUACCAUAACAUUAAAUGUACAAUUUCAAGUUGUACUAUAAAGACAAAAACCUAUAGCACCAAUGUUAUAUAUCAUUGUUAAAUUCCUCAUAGAUUGACCACUCGGACAUGGGCCUUCAAUUGAUUUAACCUUCCAAUCAGGAGUGUGCAACAAUUUUGGUUGUGAUUGGAUCGGACCUUAUCAGAAUAAUUUUGGUUUAGAAAAUUUAAAAUAUGAGGACCAAAAGCAUACCGAUAGGAUAAUUAGUCCGGUAUAAAUAUUUGAAAAAUAU